AGUUCAUAAAUUCGUUCACAUCACACAACAACUUGUACACUUUUCAGGCUCACAAGUAAUUCUAGCUACACUGAUUUUUUUUAAACCAUAUACUCUGUUUUUUUAUAAAUCUUCUGUGAUAAGUAAGAAACUUAAAGAUGCCUUGCGACGUCUUUACCUUUAUAAGAGCAGCCAGUGAGCUGAGCUCCACGGCUUUACUGAUCAUGGUCGGCUGCAUGGGAGAUGCCAUGAACAAGAAUAGUGAGAAUGCCUUCCUGGUUAUUAGCUUGCAUAAUGGCCUUAUGGUGAUGGUGGUUAUGCACAUCUUUGGCUUUUUAUCCGGCGCCCAUGCAAAUCCCUGUGUGUCGAUAUCUUGCUACUUCAUGGGCUACUUGGCCUACAAUUUGAUGGUGAUGUAUGUGGCCUGCCAGGUGCUGGGAGCUGGUCUGGGUUACUUCCUCCUGAUGCUGGUUCUGCCCCAGGAAGUGGUGGACCAAAGCAAGCCGGCUGUUUGCCUGAGGGAACCCAUGGAGAGUCUGACUACCAUUCAGAUUGUGGGCAUUGAGUGCCUGUUGACCUCGGUCUAUGUUUUGGGAUGCUGUGCCUUCUGGGAUGUACGGAAUGGUCGGUACCUCGACUCGGUCAGUCUUCGUAUGGGACUUCUAGUGACUGUCUGCAGCUUUGCGGGGGUUCAAUUAACUGGAGCCUCUAUGAAUCCGGUCAAGACACUUGUUCCUUCCCUAUUCCUAGGCAAUCCCGCCCUGGUUUGGAUGCAACUAACCGGUCAGAUAUUGGCUUCGAUUAUGGUGCCCAUUAUCUGGCAAAGUACCUUUAUGCCACGCUACAGGCCCCUAGAAAUGCCCAUUUAAACAAUUUCACCUCAAGCUGUAACGUAACGAAAACGUAAAGGAGGGCAAUAAACGUAAGGUCGGCAUUUUGUGGCUACCGUGUGUGUGGUUUAUUUGAUCAA